CAGGAUGGCGACACUUUGAGUGAUCACAUUGUUAAGGUUUAGUCUUCAGUUUGAUUAUAUAACUGCACAUUUUGUUUUUUGGAUUUUUGUGAUUUUUUACUAAUUAAAACGAAUAUGUCUCAACAAUUUAAAGAUAUGGCCAGUAAAUUUGGCAAAGGUGGUCCUAAAGGACUUGGCUUGGGUAUGAAACUUCUUGCUGCAACUGGUGCUUUAGGUUAUGGUUUGACCCAGUCUGUCUUUACCGUUGAUGGAGGUCACCGAGCCAUUAUUUUUAGUCGACUUGGCGGUAUUAAAAAUGAGAUUUACCCAGAAGGUCUUCAUUUUAGAAUACCCUGGUUCCAAUAUCCCAUUAUUUAUGAUAUUCGUUCGCGGCCAAGAAAAAUUUCAUCUCCUACUGGUAGCAAAGAUUUACAAAUGGUAAACAUUUCUUUGAGAGUCUUGGCUCGUCCUGAUGCCCUUAAGUUGCCAGAAAUGUAUAGAAUGCUAGGAACAGACUAUGAUGAAAGAGUUCUGCCAUCCAUUUGCAAUGAGGUUCUAAAAAGUGUUGUAGCUAAAUUUAAUGCAUCCCAGUUAAUCACACAGCGUCAACAAGUUUCCCUUCUUGUACGAAAAGAAUUGAUAGAACGAGCAAAGGAUUUCAAUAUUAUCUUGGAUGAUGUUUCUUUGACUGAAUUAAGUUUCAGUAAAGAAUAUGCUGCUGCUGUCGAAUCUAAACAAGUCGCUCAACAAGAGGCUCAGCGAGCUGCAUUUAUCGUCGAACAAGCUAAACAGGAACGACAACAGAAAAUUGUCCAAGCUGAGGGAGAAGCCGAAGCAGCGCUUAUGUUAGGUGAGGCCAUCUCAAAGGACCCUGGUUACCUUAAAUUAAGAAAGAUUCGAGCUGCCCAACACAUUGCUAAAACGGUCGCUGGUUCACAAAACAGAGUCUACUUGAAUGCUGGUUCACUCAUGUUGAAUAUUGCUGAUAAGGAGUACGAUAUCACAUCGGAGACAAUCAAACCCGCUAAAAAAUAACCAGAAUAUGAUAAAUUAGUUCACUUAAUAAAAAAAUAGUUUAUUCAUAGAUUUCGAAGAAAUGUCAAAAUUUUGUUGCAAUUCCUUAUGUAUUGAUUAAAUCUUUUUUCACCUAAA